AUGGCAGAGCACCGAUGCAGAAUAUCAUUUUCUACCGCCAGGUCCCCGGUGCCAUUGGACAUCUUCUCCUGCUCCUUGUCGCCUUUGUCCACCGAAGACGAGCUCCUCCUCACAGAUGGUGUGUCCUACAACUACAAUGGCUGUCCCAUCCCUCCUGCGGCACUGAAGACCCUUCUCAAGAACCCCAAGGUGGCAAGCGAGAGCGAGGCCACUGAUGCGGACAUCGAUGCCGGCCAUGUUUCUGGCAUCUUCUUUGUCUCCGAGAGAGACGACGACCUAGAGACAUUGUACAUCGCCUUGCGCUUCAAUGCCGACGGCAAAGUCAAGAUCUUUUCCCUUGCCGACAUCUUCGGUACUGCCGACUUCAGUGGCAUUCGCCUUGAGAACAGUUGUUCCAUUGGCGGCGGCUACAGUAUGGGGUCUCGAACCAUCGACCACUCUCUCAUCUAUGUCUCCACAAAGGAGCCGGUACAUAAACGCCACAGCCCUGGGACGGCUGUGUACAAAACUAAUCUUAGAACAGGCAAGACGGAGCGGCUCACCCCACGAGGGAUGUUUGAUUUGAGCCCAGCCGUGUCCCCAUCGGGGAAGAAGGUGGCAGUGGCGUCAUUUCGAUGGAAUAGAUGGGAUGGCGAGGUCGAGAAACUGGAGACUGACAUCUGCGUGAUGAACGUGGAUAGGGAGGAGUGUCGUGGCCUUGGGCGCAGCCUAAUCAUCAGGGACGGUGGAUGGCCAUCCUGGGGUAGCGACAACAUCAUUUUCUUCCAUCGAGGCGUCAAAAAAUUCUCCGAGGGCAUGGGUGAAACAUCUUGGGCCGUCUUCCGGUACAACAUCAGCACCAAGGAGACCAUGCUGGUGACUCCACAUGGGUUGGACGCGGUGACUCCGGCUGCCAUCAGCGACACUAAGGUGGCGGUGGCAACCAUCCGCCAGGAGCCCCUGAUUGGCGAUGCCAGCGUGGAUGUGCAGUACCGGCACAUCGAGAUUUUCGACACGAGUACGGCCGAGCUGCCGCCGGUGUGCAUCACCCAAGCGAUGAGGCCAAAAUGCGACCACUACAACCCCUUCGUGCUGGACGGUGGGGGCCUCAUUGGAUACCAUCGCUGCGUGAGUGAUCAACUGCAACAUGGAGACCGCACCCAUCGGAAUUUGUUUCAGCCGGAGUCUCCGGUGAAUGACGUCGGCUUGCAUUGUUUGUCUGUCAUCUCCCCCGGCCGAUACACGCUUGCAUUCAUCAACAAUGAAUUCAAUGAGGUGUGUGUCGCCGAUAGCCAAGGGUUGCGCCUCAUAUACAAGAAAAGGGGCCUGAAUAGCAUUUUAGCCGCUGUGUGGAACCAGAACCCUAUGAAUGACACCCUGUACAUCUGCGUCGGCACAUCCUUCAGCACCGACAUCGACAUGCCACUGGAGAUCUACUGUAUCAUGAACGCCUCUGCUCAACCGAGGUAUCUAAAAGUCAGCAGGUUAACUAACGGAGAGUUCAACAACGCGUUCCCGUCGAGCAAACCGCAGGGAAACAAAUUAGUCUUCCGGUCGACAAGAGAUGGGGGCAAGAAGAAGCACAAGAACCUGUACAUAAUGGAGGACGCAUCGUGUGGGGAAUAUGGAGAAGGCACAAUGACGCGGUUGACGAUGGGGCCAUGGACAGACACGCACUGCAUGUGGUCCCCGCAAGGGGACUGGAUAGUCUUCUCGUCGACGUGCGACAAGCCCUACGACGCCGCCAAGGUGGAUAACAGCCUGGACCCGGGGCACUUCUCCGUGUUCCUAGUGAAUCUGCAGGACCCAAUGGUGGUGAUCAGGGUGAUGAACAGUGACGGUCACAUACACCGCCCAGUGUUCAGUCCGGACAUGAGGAGUAUCGCUGUGACGGCGGACCUCGCAGCAGUGUCCGUUGAACCGAUAUCGCUGCCCAGGUACUCACACCCACUGCGUUCCUACGGCAACAUUUCCGUGGUGGACAUCGACACAAAGGAUCUGAUGGAGAAAAAAUACAUCAAAGGACCCAGGUAUUUACACCCAAUGUGUUCCAAUGUCUUCGUGGUGGACAUGGAGCCAGAGAAUCUGACGAAGACCGAACACCUAGGACCCAGGCCAGGGGCUAGGAAAUAUUUUCUGCUGCCUACCGCGCUCUAUUGA